AGACAGGACAAGUUCCGGGCGGGGCCUUCUGGCUAGAUCGCAUCUUCAAGUAUUUACUGGGGCUCUGGGUGGAAGGUCAGGGGCAGAGCAGCCCCAGCCCGCACGGCUUGUUUCUUUCCUGCAGCCCCCACCAUGGGUAACACGCAGGAACGACCCUCCCAGACCAUCGACCGGGAGCGCAAACGCCUAGUGGAGACACUGCAGGCAGACUCGGGGCUGCUGCUGGACGCGCUCCUGGCGCGGGGCGUGCUCACCGGACCCGAGUAUGAGGCUCUGGAUGCCCUGCCCGACGCUGAACGCCGGAUGCGCCGCCUGCUGCUGGUGGUGCAGAGCAAGGGCGAAGCCGCCUGCCAGGAGCUGCUGCGCUGUGCCCAGCAAACUACGCGUGCGCCCGACCCGGCCUGGGACUGGCAGCACGUGGGCCCGGGCUACCGGGACCGCAGCUACGAUCCCCCAUGCCCAGGCCACUGGACGCCUGAGGCCCCCGGGUCUGGCACCCUAUGCCCAGGGCUGCCCAGAGCUUCGGUGGACCACGAUGACACUGGGGAUCCUGAGGGAUCCGAGACUGUGCAGUCCAGGACCCCAGAAGAGCCAGAAGUGGAAGGGGCUGAAGAGAAUCUGGACCCAGAACCAGGACCGGAACUGGACCCUGAGCCAGAACUGCAACCAGAACCAGAACCAGAACCUGAGCCAGAGCCAGAGUCCGACUUCCAGGAGGCAGAGGAGGCAGAGGAGUCCGAAGAUUCCUGAAGGCCAGAGCUUUGAGCCACCACUCCCUGCUGUAGCCCACGCUGUGGGAGAGCCUGGGAUUCGUGGAGUGCUGCCGGGCAGGCUGGCCUACUAAGCUGCCAGUGAAUAAACCCCAGAGCCGGCCUCGGCCUGGGUUCUCUCC